AAAAUUGGAAAAAGCAGUAUCCAUGGAAGCAACUUUUCUUUCUUCUGUGACCACAAACAUUUCUCUCUAGUAACUGAGAGAAAUCUUAUCCAUACUGUAAGGGACAUAGCAACUGGUAAGCUAGUUGAGUAUUGAACUGCAACAACCACAAAACUGAUUAAACUGGCUUACAUUCCCUAGACACACAGCAUUUAGCCAUGGCCACGAGUUGCUCCUACAUGGUUUCCACCAAAUUAUCUAUGUUAGGCUGGACUGGAGGAGGAAGAACAGGGCUCAAAAACAAGAGAGCAUUUUUCAUUUCAGCUCAGCAACAAACAACUGAUGUUCAAGAAGGAGAAGAGACAGUGAAGGAACAAGAAGAGCAAGAGCAAGUAGGUAGCCAGAAAAUGAACCCAAAAGGAGUGAAACCUAGACCAGCAGAGACUCAGAUCAAUGUGAAGAGCAAAAACAUGAGCAGGGAGUAUGGAGGACAGUGGCUGAGUACUGCCACGCGCCACGUGAGGAUCUACGCGGCGUACAUCGACCCGGAGACUUGGGAGUUUGAUCAAACCCAGAUGGAUAAGCUUACCCUUCUUCUUGAUCCCCAGGAUGAGUUUGUGUGGAAUCCUGAGACAUGCAACAUGGUUUUUUCGUACUUUCAAGAGCUCGUCGAUCACUACGAGGGUUCUCAAUUGACAGAAUACACGCUUCGCCUGAUUGGUUCAGACAUAGAGCACUACAUAAGAAAGCUGUUAUAUGAUGGAAAACUCAAGUAUAAUAUGAAUGCAAGGGUUUUGAAUUUCAGCAUGGGCAAGCCAAGAGUCAUGCUCAACAAUGAUAUUAAACCUGAAGACACCCCUGAGAAAUAAUUUGUGGAAUUACACCAAGAGAAUGAGAAAGUAAUUGGAGUUUGUAUAUGAUUAUCGAGAUGUGGUUAGAAUGGUUAAUUAAAUCAUGUAAAUUAUACAAAUCUCAUAUCCAACAUUAGAUGUUUUCUGGGGUUGAGUAAAUCUAAAUAUCAUUACAGCACAGAGUAUUGUCUUACAGUCAAGAUAUUGCUGCAGUGCUGGUUAUGUAACAA